AUGUACAUAUAUUAUCAAUUUUUUUUAAAAAAAGUCAAAUAUGUGAAUAUUCAUACUAACCAUAAUACAAGUUUAUUGGAAUUAAAAGGGUUCCAGAUCUCACAAAUUGCUGCUGAUCCUAUAGGACGUUGUGUUGCAUUAUGUGGAACUGAUGAACUUGUAAUAUGCCCAUUGAAACAUCCUUCACAGUACAGUGCAUUUUCCUUACCUUCAAAGUUAGGAUGCUCUGGACUUGCUUGGCAUCCAAACGAUCAUACAAAACUUGCAAUUGCACGUUCUAAUAAAUGUGAACUUCUUCUUUGGGAUGUCAAUGAAUGUCGAUUAAGUACAAACACUAGUCUGGGUGGAUAUGUUCGUGUGAUCAAUUCACUGGAUUGGAGUCCAGUUCAUCCAUUUCUUAUAGCUACUACAUCCGCAGAUCAGUUUCGUGCCAUUUGUGUUUGGGAUUUAAGGGAUAUGUCACGACCAGUUCGAUCUAUGGAAUCUCUUUCUUCACCAAUUAUUGUCAAAUGGAAUAGAUUUUUAAGUGAAAAAUUUGCAACCUGUCACUCAUCGGGUGUUCGUACUUGGGAUUUGCGGUCUAAUGUUCCAGAACAGUACAUCUCUGUACAAGCUGAUCACGUUCGUGAUUUCGAUUGGUCGCCUCAGAAUGUCAAUCAAAUGGUGACAGUCAGUGAAUAUUCUGAAAUGCGUCUAUGGGAUACUGAAAAUCCUUCAUAUCCUCUGAAAAAGGUUCGAUUUCAUGAAAUAAAACUGAAGAAAGUAAUUUACACUCCUUCAGGUGAUCAUAUUAUCAUUUUACCGGAGCAGUCUCAUUGGUCAGUUCACGGGAUAUCUGUGUGGUCUAGUGCUGGUUUGACACAAUCUCAUGAUUUAUUCCAAGUAAUGGAAAGCCAUGAUAAUAGUGGCACUAAUAACAAUGGAAUUACUGUCAAUAAAACGUCUGCUAAUAGUAUAGUGAAUUCAAACAAUAAUAAUAAUGGUAAUAGUAAUAAUAAUCACAUAAAUGAUCAGCAGAUUUGUCAACCACGUUCUACAGAUUCAUAUAUAUUAGAUAUGAAUUGGUUGAUAUGCUCCUCUUCAAAUCUCCCAUUUUCUCCACUGACAACGACAGAUGAUCAUGAAUUAACGACAAAUUUUAUUCUGGAUAAUGAAAUAUCGACAGCAAAUCAAAAUUUAGAAUAUUGUCCUAAAAAAAAUGUAAAUUUACUUACUUGGUCAAUGGAUAAUAUACUUCGUGUUUAUCCAAUUCAUUUUAAAUCAAUUUCACAUCAUGAUAAUGAACCAUUAUCAAAUCAAGCAAAUAAACAAACAAGGAUAAUAAAAGAAAAAUCAGAAGAUUUAUUAGAUGAUAAAUUAUCAACGAAUUUCAAUCCAAAGACAAAUCAAUCAAAGAAGUUUAAUAAUACUUCGACAAACAAUUUAAAUAAACUAAAGGUUAUUGACCCGCAACAUCGUGGUGAAGAUUUCGGCCAACGUUCUUCUGUCUCCAAAUCAUGUUUAUCUAUUUCGAAAAGUGGACCGAAUGCAGAUCCUAAAUGUGGAAAUCAAGAAGAUAGUGCAUUCCAAUUUCUCGCUCAAGAAUUAUCUCUGUUAAGCCAUAGAGCUGGACAAUAUAAGUUAGAAGAAAUGGAUCUUAUCAAUCGUACAGCUAAAUUAAUUUUAUUUUACUGUCGUCGUAAUCAUCAUCAUCAUUAUUCAUUAUGUUCAGUAACUAAUACACUUCGAAGACGACGUCAUAGUUCUGUAAUGAAUAAUGAAGGUCUUGAUAGUCUACUAUUACCUCCAACUGCUGAUCUAAUUUCACAAAUGGAAUUUUCUGAACAUUCAAAUUUUUGGAACGUACACCAUCGUAAUUUAUCAUCAACAACUGAUACUGAACGUACAAUAUCGAAUCGGACUAGCAUUAGUAAUAGUGCUGUUAGUGUUGAUAAUGAAGAGAGUACACAUUUAACAAAUUAUCCAUCAAAUCACCCAUUUACUUUAACCUUUGAUAAUAGUCAUGAAUUAGAAAAUUCGACGUCUAACAAUACACAUAACUAUGAAAUGCCAUUAGCUGGUUCAAUAAUAUUAAGUAUAGAAUUCCCUGAUAAUUAUCCAUUAAAUGGAGCUAUACCAGAAUUUCAUGUGCUUGAUUGCAGUCCACCCUUACCUCCAGAAGUAUUAGAUGAAUUAAAGGAUGUUUUAUAUUCAACUGCAUCUGAACUAGUGUCCACCUCACGUGGUUGUGUUGAACCAUGUAUACGAAAUGCUGUGAUCACUUUACAAACAUAUCCUACGUUAAGUAAUCAAAUAGAAAAUAAUUCUAAAAAAAUAAACUUAACAAAUUUAUCUACUACUAAUUAUGAUAUGCUUAAUGUUAAUAUGGAUGCACUGAACAAACCAAUUAUGGAUACAACAGCUUCACUGAAACAAAAAUGUCAUUAUACAAUAGGUAUUCCUUUCCCAAGAACAUCUGGUGUUCAUUUUACCACGAAUGGUCUAAUUGUAACAUUCGGUCUACCAGAAUCUUUGUCAUUUAUACGUAAUUCAAUAAAAUCAACUUCAUCAGAUGAUAAAUGUCAAGUAGAGUUAACAAAUAAUAAUAAUAAUAAUGACACAAAAAAAGAUUGGACACCACAAUCAUUUAGUGAAUAUCAAACGUUUAUCCAACGAUUUUCAUCAGCAAAUCGUGAAUAUAAUGAUGAUAUGAGAAGAUCAUUUCAGAAUUGUAUUGGAAAUAUAAUUGAUUCAUUUGCUAGAUUUGAGGUAGAUUGUAAAGAACAACAACGACAACAGCAUCAACCUCAUAAAAAACAGAAAAUUAUCACUGAAUUAAUUGACAAAAAUAGGUUAUCUUUUAAAAUGAAUGUAGAACUUAACCAAAAUUCAAUGAAUUCAACAGAUAAUGAUGCUGAAGUAAAGAAAAAUUCGUUCGAGUCUGCUCGUGUGACGGAACAAAAAUGGUUCAAUUCCAUUUCAACAACACAUCCCAACUCUCCUGAUGUCCAGAAUCCAACUGAAAUAUUCCUCAGUCAUUUCAGUAUGAUUUAUCCAUCUACUAUUCAAAUUUAUGACAUGAGCCCUUUAAUUUGGGACCGGCAUUUAAUGUAUGAUUACAGCUUAAACACCGAAAAUUUACAACAGAUGUGCAUUCACAAUCUUCAUGCAGUUUAUAAUACUCAUCGAAAGGAUCUUAUUCGAUUCUGGCAAUAUGCUCUAGUUAUGUCGAUCUCAUUUAGUCACACAGAUCAUUCUCACCAAGUUUAUCAACCUUUAGCUUCACAAUUAAUUGGUAGACCGUUAUUUGAUACAUGGAUUCGACAUUUCCUUCGUAUACAUGAUGUUCAAAGUUUGGCAAUGUUGGUUCUUGUACUUCAAAGGUUAAAUCAUAUCAAUGAACUGAAAAAUAUUGAAUAAGCCUGUCCAAUUUAAUGUCAUUGCUUUUUCUUUGCAUUUUUAUCUGAUUUUAUUAAUUGGUAUCUUUAAUGUGAUCUGUUCUUAAAGUGAAAAAAAAUACGCUAAAUUUGUAAAAUUUUGUAGUUACUAUGUAAAAAAAAUAGUUUUGAUGUAACUUGAACUAACGAAUAAUAACUCGUCAUGUUGUAACCCUUCUGUUUGUUUGGUUUUCUUCACCAGAAUAGUGAGAUAGAAGUUUUCAGUUAUAUCUUAUCCUUAUUCAACAUUUGUUGCUUAUAUUAAUAUUAUUAUUGUUAUAACUUUUAUUAAACGUUUAAGGAAGUUGUUUUAUAGAGUAUUUGUAAAAUGUAUAGAUUACAAGAUUAAAUUUCUGUGCAUAUAACCAUUGCAUAAUAUCAAUAAGUUUAACGUUAUCAAGUGAUUACUGCUAAUCGUGAAUUUGAAUCAGCUAAGCUUACAAUGUAACUACUAAUCUAAGUGGGUUGGUAUCAUGGUGUUUCUCCUUGUUCAAUUCGGUCAGUCAGCUACAACGUAGGACC